AUGACGCUGCCAGUGGCCUCUUUGUUACCGGCAACAGUGGAACCGCUAAUAAAUAAAAAGGUUGUGACGAGAUGGAGGCCUCUCAAGCUGGUGUACGACCACGACAUUAGGCUUGGGCAGGUUCCAGAGAAAUGCAGCUUCCGUACACUUCGGGAGUUUGUAGCGAAGAGGUUCCCAUCAUCCAAGGCGGUGUUGAUUAAGUAUAAGGAUGCUGAUGGUGAUCUAGUUACCAUCACAUCGACGGAAGAGCUCCGGUUAGCUGAAUCAUUCAUUGAUAAAGUUGGCCACGAGGUUGUAGAAAAUGGGAGGGAGGGUGACAAUAAGCUCCCGGUGUUGAGGCUGCACCUUGUUGAGGUGAGCCCAGAACAGGAACCAAUUUUGCCAUCAGAAGAGGAGAAGUUGGAGGAGGAUGAGGAGUUGUUGAUCAAUGGUGAAGAUAGCACUUUGAAUACUUCUGCAGUGGUAACCAACGCUGAGGUGAUGAAGCAAGAUGUCGAGAACGGAGUUGCUGAGCAAAUUAUGGAGACAGGAAAGAAGGAUUGUGGCCAUGCUGAGUGCAAGGAAGCUGAGAUUGAUGAUUGGUUGCUUCAAUUUGCAGAAUUGUUCCGGAACCAGGUUGGGAUUGAUGCAGAUGCGCAUCUGGACCUGCAUGAGCUGGGCAUGGAGCUGUGCUCCGAGGCUCUCGAGGAAACCGUGACAAGCGAGGAGGCUCAGGCCCUUUUUGAGAUGGCUGCUUAUAAAUUUCAGGAGGUUGCUGCCUUGGCCUUAUUCAAUUGGGGAAAUGUGCACAUGUGUGAAGCAAGGAAGCGCAUCCCUCUCGAUGAAUCUGCUCCAAAGGAAGUCAUGGCUGCUCAGCUCCGCACAGCUUAUCAUUGGGUGAAGGAGAGGUACGCUCUUGCAGGGCACAAGUAUGAGGAGGCCCUUAAAAUCAAGCCAGACUUCUAUGAGGGGCUUCUUGCUUUAGGCCAGCAACACUUUGAGACUGCAAAGCUUCAUUGGUCAUUUGCACUGGCAGAUAAGGCUGACCUUUCUACCUGGGAUUCUUUGGAGACAUUCAAGCUUUUUGAUAGCGCUGAGCAUAACAUGAGGGCUGCAACAGAGAUGUGGGAGAAGGUGGAAGAACAGAGAAUGGCAGAGUUAAAAGAACCUGGUGCAGGUGAGAAGGAUGAGGUACUGAGGAAAAGGCAGCACGGUGCAGGCGGUCAACCGGAGUUGACACCAGAAGAGGCAGCUGAGCAGGCAGCAGUAAUGAGACAACAGAUUCACCUCUUCUGGGGUAAUAUGCUUUUCGAGCGUUCUCAAGUGGAAUUUAAGCUCAGUGUCGGUGACUGGAAGACAAAUCUUGAUGCAUCUGUUGAAAGGUUUAAGUUGGCUGGAGCUUCAGAAUCAGAUAUUUCGACAGUGUUGAAAAAUCACUUUUCUAAUGCAGCCUCUGAGUGUGAAGAGAAUAAAGUCAUGACUUCAGGCACAGAAAUUUCCCAAACAAAUGACAAUGUUGAGGAUAAGUGUGUGGUUGAAACCUAA